CGGAUAUUCAGCAGUUUGCUAAAACUGUGUUGUCAGAAUUGCAUUUGCAUACUUCAAAAUGACAAAGAUGAUUGCCAUUUUUUUGCUCACCGUCGUGCUUUUCGCUUCUUCGGCGAUGGCUCAAAAUGGCGGCAAUAACGGCGGAAAUGGCGGUGGAGGUUCGGGCAAUGGAGGUGGCCAAGGAGGAGGGCAACAAGGAGGCGGAAAUGGCGGAAUCGGUGGACUUGGAGGACAAGGAAUUGGAGGCAGCGGGAUCCUGGGAAGCGGCGGACUCUCAGGACUAUCAGGGCUGCUGGGUGGACUCGGCAGGAGAUAAAGUGCGAUUAUAACUUCGGCCCUGACUCUUCUC